GGUAACCCCGCAGGAUCCGGAUAAAUCAAUCGUGUGGAGAGACUUGCAUUGACGACGAGGGCGAGCGAGUGUGGAGUUCACGAGCUCGUUUGCACAAAGGAUUGAAGCCGUACUCUGGUCGUACGCGGUGCUCGUUCAUCCAUGGAUCCAUCUGUAACGAUACGAUUCGGCCCUGUAGUUGACACUGUAUUAGGAAGACUACCACACACCAAUCAUUGCAACUCACCUUCCUCAUGCAGUAUUCCUCCGGGGGGAGUACUUACACCGAAGCCGAUGUACGUACCUCGCAAACGCUUCCUCUCGGGAAUUGCUCCUACGCGGUGCUGCACAAUCGAUUCACGCUACUCAACUCAACUCGCGCAAUGCCUCCAAUUCAGUAUACGCUUUGCGAGCUCCACUGGCGGAAUUAUUACAGGGUGCGUACGGAGAAUCACACGCUGCGCCAUGGACAUUGGCAAAUCGCCAAUUUGCAUGGCAUUCCUUCCUUCAGCCUUUCCUUUCGCGCAUCGCAUCUCGCGCUCGACUUGGCCUCUCGCACCACCGCAACGAGCAAAGCGCUCCAGUCGAGGCGGCCGGGGGGCCAAAACGGCAAUGAUGCUCGCGAGCAUCGGGGCUGAAUAAUAACUGAACCGCAGGGCAUGCGAAGGAACAAAACGUGUUGCGCGUGUAGCAUGCAGGGAGAGCCGAAGGAUUCAGCCCUGUCGUUUUGGGUUGGCGUACGG